AACAAUUAUUGUCCUCCGCUCUCUGUCAAAUUAGGCGCUUACUAUAGAUCCUCGGCUUUGCCAGAUCAAUCCUUAGGCUGCCAGUAGUAAACUGCGCCGCCCUUCACCACAGGCGCUGGUAAUAAGCCAGUAGUACUCCCUCUCCGCUCGCUCGCUCCUCGCCGUCCUCGCCGUUGUCGAUGCUCCAUGCGCCUGUCGCGCGGGCCGUCCUGCCGGCGCUCAUGGACCACGUCUUCUACCCCCCGUCCUUGCCGCCCCCGCCUCUAGCGCCGGCUGCAGCGCUGGCGGGGUCGAGCCAUGCGGCUGCGGCGGUUGCGGCGUCGCACGGCGGCACACCGGUGGUGAGCUUGGCGUCGGUGCUGGGCGUGGCGGCGGGCGGCACGGACGUGGCGGCGCUGACGCUGUUCGUGGGGCUGCUGUGCGCGUGCAUCGUGGCGGGCCACCUGCUGGAGGGCGUGCGCUGGGUCAACGAGGCCGUCACCGCCAUCCUCUUCGGCCUGGCGUCGGGCGCGGUGGUGCUGGUGGUGCGGGGCGGCGCGAGCUCGAUGAUCCUGCGGUUCGACGAGGACCUGUUCUUCAUGUACCUGCUGCCGCCCAUCAUCUUCAACGCCGGGUUCCAGGUGAAGAAGAAGCAGUUCUUCCGCAACUUCGGCGCCAUCAUGGCGUACGGCAUCGCGGGGGUGUUCAUCUCAUUCGCCGUCAUCACCGCAGGCUGCAACUUGCUCUUCCCUAUCCUCGGCCUGCCUCUUCAGCCCAGCCACGUGUACCUUGCGCUGGGCGUGAUCUUCUCCGCCACUGACUCCGUCUCCGUGCUGCAGGUGCUGGACCAGGAGGAGCAGCCGCUGGUGUACAGCCUGGUGUUUGGCGAGGGCGUGGUGAACGACGCCACGUCCAUCGUGCUCUUCCGCGCCGUGCAGCAGCUCUCGCUCUCGCCCGCCGACCACGCGCUGUCCUUGCCCGCGCUGCUGGGCGUGCUCUCCGACUUCCUCUACCUCUUCACCGCCUCCACGCUGCUCGGCGUCGCUCUGGGUCUGCUAUCUGCAUAUGUCAUCAAGACUCUCUACUUCGCCAGCCACGCGACGGACCGCGAGAUCGCGUUGAUGGCGCUGAUGGCGUAUGUGUCGUACGUGCUGUCGGAGGUGCUGCGCCUCAGCGGCAUCCUGUCCGUGUUCUUCGCGGGCAUCGUGAUGAGCCACUACACGUGGCACAACGUCACCGAGAGCUCCAGAGUCACCACCAAGCACGCAUUUGCGACGAUGUCGUUCAUAGCGGAGACGUUCAUCUUCAUGUACGUGGGCAUGGACGCGCUGGACUCCGAGAAGUGGACCAGCGUCAACGUCAGGGACGCGUCCGUGCUGUUCGCUGUGCUGCUGUGCCUGGUGCUGGCGGGGCGCGCGGCGUUUGUGUUCCCGCUGUCGGCGCUGCUCAACCUGCAGAGGAAGGACCGCCACGUGCUGCACCUCAACCACCAGGUGGUCAUCUGGUGGGCUGGUCUCAUGCGAGGUGCUGUCUCCAUCGCCCUCACAUACUCCGCUUUCUCAGAGGAGGGUGACAGCACAGCAGCCAUGCUCAUAGCGUCCACCAUAGCGCUUGUGCUCUUCUCCACCCUAGUGUUUGGUGUGUUGACGAGUCCGCUCAUCGACUACUUCCUGCCGCUCACUCUCCACCGCUCGUCCAGCGCCUACAGCGAGGGGCCCUCCUCCCCCAAGUACCUCCCCCCGCCACCCAUCUCCCCCGCCACUGCCGCUGCCUACCUCACCGCGUCCCCCUCCCUCCCCCCCAGCACGCCCCCCCCCACCCUCUCCGCCUCUAACUCCACACCCGCCUCCUCCGUGCCCUCCGCCAUGCGUGCUGCCCCCCCGCGGCCGCGGCUGCUGUACCCGCAGGGGGGCUCGGGGCACCUGGAGGCGGACCUAGUGGUGUGCCUGCCCGCCACCUCCAUGGCGGGGCUGCGCAUGCCCGACGCGCGCCUCGCCUCGCGCAUCCUCACGGCGCACGAGCGCGACCUGCACGACCUGUGGCGGUGGUUCGACGACACGUACAUGCGCCCGCUCUUCGGCGGGCGUGGGUACGUGGCCCCCACGCCCCGCUCCUCGUCCUUCUCGCUCCCCCACAGCAGCAGCGGGCUGGCUGUGGCUGCUGCGCGCAUGCUGCUGGGGGGGGAGGGCGGGGACAGCAUGUUCGAGCCGCUGGAUGCACAGCCGGGGGCAGGGAGGGAGGAGGGGGAGGAGAAGGAGGAGGAAGGGGAGGAAGAGCGGUUAGUGCGGGGCAGUCGGCGAGCAAGCUCUGUGCGGUUCGCAGAGGAGAUGGCGGAGGAGCGGAGGGAGGGCAGGGGGCGGCUGGAGGAUGAGGGGGAUGCCAUUGAAGGGGAGGACCUGGCGGGCGAUGAUGUGGCGUGGCCGCACAAGAUGAGGCACAACCUGCCACACCACCCGCACCACCACCAUCACCACCACCACCAUCACCACCACUACACGGACCAGCAGCCACAGGUGCAUGAGCAGCAGCAACAGGACAGCACGCGCGAGAGAGAGCAUGCAGUGGCGUGGAUUGCUGUUGAGGAGCACAUUGACAACGAGCAGCAGAGGCAGCAGCGCCACACACAGGAGGGUGGCAGGAGUGAGCAUGGAGUGGAGCAGCAGCAGCAUACAGGGUUGUAGGCUCACAGUAGCUUGUAGCAGACAGCUUUCUUGGGAGCUAAAAGGUCAACUGU